CUCUACUGAAUAAUAUAAGUACAGUCCAAGCCUCCAAAUUUGUCUGAAACCCGUUGCUGAUUUUUCCUCCUCUCAAAACUUCUCCAGCCACCAAACUUUACUGUCCUUUUUCCCCCUCUUGAUUCUUCCAUCUCCAACGGAAUCAAGCUUCAUAAUAAGAGGGGCUUUGUCUUAAAAUCAUACAUUUUUUUGAUUAGCUAUUUAGCACAGUUUUUUCAGAUUCUGGAAGGGAAAAGGUUCAGACUUUGGAGAUAAAAUGGCGACGGGAGCAGUUCCGGCUUCUUUUACAGGUCUAAAGAGCAGGGAAAAUGGAUUGGGUUUUGCAAAAAGCAUGGAGUUUGUUAGAGUUUCCAACACUCAAAGGGUUAAAUUUCGUCGAACCAAGGUUUCCGUAAUAAAAAAUUCAAAUCCUGGACAGGAAAUUGUUGAGCUUCAGCCUGCAUCUGAAGGGAGUCCACUAUUAGAUGCUACUACAGAUUUGCCGUCCGAUUCUGCAAGCAAAUUACCAGUGCUGCAGAUGGGUACAUCACUGGCUGUUUCCUUCGCUAUAUGCAAGGCUUCCACUUCUCUUACCAGAUUUUUUGGAAUUCAAAAUUGUGAUCUUCCUGUAAUCACCACAAUUGUUGUGAUUUUAGCAACUUCUUUCCCUGGUUAUUUUCGCCCCAUCGCACCUACUGCUGAUGCUAUUGCUGUGGCCUUAAUGCAGGUAUUUUUUGCUGUUGUGGGCGCUGGAGGGAGCAUAUGGAAUGUCAUCAAUACUGCUCCAAGCAUUUUUAUGUUUGCAUUUGUUCAAGUAACCGUCCAUCUCAUAUUGAUACUCGGACUAGGAAAACUAUUUUGCGUCGAUCUAAAGCUGUUGCUUCUGGCAUCAAAUGCUAAUAUUGGAGGUCCUACAACAGCAUGUGGUAUGGCCAAGGCCAAAGCAUGGGACACUCUGGUUGUUCCCGGGAUUCUAGCAGGAAUAUUUGGGGUAUCCAUUGCAACAUUUUUAGGAAUUGGGUUUGGAAUUCUAGUUCUUAAACACUUGUAACUUGUUUGCUCAUGGCCAAGGCCAAACAAAGAAUGGGACUCUUUGGUUGUUCCUCGAAUUCUAGCGGGGAUAUCCAUUGCAACAUUUUUAGGACUUGCGUUUGGAAUUCUAC